UUUAGUGAUAUCUUAAAAGUGAACAUUUGGGAAAACGUAACGUUAUGAUUUUUUUCGUUUUAAAGUAUGUAGUUAAAUGGGAUGUUUCAAAACUGGCUCGCUAGAUGCUUGUUAUGUUUUGGAAAAUUGCAACUGAAUGCUAGACUGCGAGUAGCGAGUGAGCUUUUCUAGCCUUCCAGUUUACGUCGUUAUUGAAAUACUUUGGUUAGCUAUGUGUUGUGGUUCCGUCUGAUCACGGUUUCAUUGCAUACUUUUCCCUCUCUUGUCUAGCUGCUAAAUUAAUGGCUACUUUGCUUUUAUCCCGCGCGGUACAGUUCUCAAUCAUUCUGUCCAUAUGUUCGAACGGCAGAGUGUUGACGCAGCCCACUGUUCCUGACACUUUAACUGCGAAUCCGACAGAACUUCCAUCAGUAACUACAGAUGGUUCGACCAAAAAGCCGGUCAUCUACACAGUCUUUCCAACGGAAGAAAAAUCACAGGCUGUGACCGAAUUUGACUCCACGUCACCCGGUUCCUUUGAAACAGUGACCCCGGAGGCUACCACAGACUCGCUUAAGACCACAAUUUACGCUACCACAGACACAGAUAGAAUUCUAACUGAUGCCACCACCGAAACAAAUGUAAUCCCAACUGAUGCUUCCACCGAGACAGCUUUUAUUCCAACUAUUGCUAACAUCCCAGGGUGCACCUGCGAUGUGACCCCUGGCUUGUGCGAUAUUGGCUGUUGCUGUGAUACCAGUGACUGUGACAUGAAUGACUUGGGUUCUGUCUUCUCUGGUUGUGAAGGUGACCAGAGGUCUGGUGUAUGCAUUGAAAGCUGGUUGAUGUUCAGAGGAAAUGUAGACCCUGACCUCAUCACAGUCAAUGACUCAUACUUCUGUGUCCGAAGUGAAGUUCAGCCGAAAGAUGCUCAGGCCCUUCCAGCUCUGUCUUCACUUCCCAGGGUUCAGGACUCUUACUCAUUCUCGCAACAAGAUAAUCUCCUCUCCAGCACCACAGCUUCAGCUUUCUAUAGAGUUGAUGAUGCCAUCCUGACGUAUUUCAGCAGCUCAUCCCUGUUGGGUGUGCUGAGACAGCCUUCACCCGGGGCAGCUACCACUUCCUGUGUGGACCGGAACCCUGCCCGGUUCCUGCGCUCCGUCUCGCUCUUCUGCUCCCGCUCAGUGACUCCCGACUCCUGUGUGGGGGGGGGCCUCGGACUCAACGCGCGCUCGUACUUCAGCGGCAUCACACUGCUUAAGGCCCCUGUCCCACAGAAUGUCUCCACUCCAAACUUCACGAUCCCACUUACUGCGCUGUCAGAAUGGCCAGAGCCAAGCUUAGAAAACAAUUCUUGUUUGAAUGUUGUAUCAAAGGUGGAGUAUGUCAUUGAGUACACAAGUGAAGGGGUGAUUACCAAUGUGAUGGUGAACCUGAACCUAACAAGCACUAACUCAUUCACACAGCUGUUGCAAGAGCAUGCUGUACGCUACACGUUGGCCACACCUUCACCUACCCCUGGGCCCUCCCCUGUGGUAGGACUACUCUCAGGGGCUCCUGUGAUUGGCCGGUUCGGUAACAUCGUCCAACCUGUCACAGUACAGGGGACGCCUCAGGGGGGCGAGUGCUCUAGCACCGUUAAGACCCGGACCCCUGUUCUCUUCACUCACAACUAUGUCACUGGCUGCACCUUUAGCUCUCCUUCACAUAAUUGUUCUGAGCUGCGAUCUCAACUCUUCGAGAUUCUUGAGGGGUCUGCAAGCCCUGACGAUAUAGCCAUGAACUCGGGCACACAACCAGACUGGACAAGAGUCAUCACACAACGUUGUGGUGAUACUGUAAUGGAGGACUGCGAGUUGGGUUGUCUUGUCCCUCACUCCCUCUCUGUUCAGCUUCUCUGGGCUCAGCGAGGACUGCUCUCACUACCCCAGAAUCAGAUAUUGGGGGCAAAAUUCCUAUUCCAGUGUCAAAUAGUAAAGUGCCCUGUCACGUCUCCACUUGUAGUUACAACUGAGGUGACAUUCUCUGAUGCCACCGUUUACCCAGAACCUCCCAGGGGCCAGCCGCAGCCUCAGUGGAAAUUCCCUUUUGGGUUCUUCUCCAGAGGAACAGAGGAACAGGAUGCUGGUGCUGCAAUGAACUGCUAUGGCCACAGUGGGGCAGUGUGGGGCACUCUGUGGAUUGUAACUUUUGUACUCAUGAUAUCGUAGGCUGCUGAUCUGAUAUCAGUCACUGCAUAGUCACGGUACUCUUUGACAUUGGGUCCACACUAGCUGUAAUGUUUUUGGUCCCUAUUAACAUAGAUUAUGAUCAGACCCGAAUGGCCCUUUUCUAGACAGUUCUGGAUGUUUUUUAAUAUAGUCUGUGAUG